AGUGCUUGUAGGUGUAGGCGAAAUAUGAUGGCAGAAGAAAAUGGUAAAUCUUUGUAACCAUAUGGCAAUGCAUGCAGGAUUGUAGCAUUACUAGCUAGCCUUGGUUCAGUUUGUCCUGGCUAGAUGAUGUAUCUAGCUAACAUGGAUAGUUUAAACAUUUACUUCCUUACUUUUAACGUGUCGCUUUUUUUAAACGAAUCUACCAAUAUAAAACUGUUAGAGCUAAAUAACUUGAGUUCGUAGAGAAAGCAAAUAUAGCGUUUAUUCUUGUACGUUAGUGGGAAGCUCAUCUUGCUGCAUUAUAAUAAGGCAAAAUGCCAAAUUGUAUGCCAAAGUACAGGGUGUUCGAGGCAGCUGACUUAAGGCUUGUCUUCCGCGUUGAAAUAUAUUUUAUGUAGCCAAUGAACAAUCAGGAUUGGUUGACAGCCUACAGGAAAUGCAAGGAAUGCCACAUGGUAGGUUUAUAAGGCAACCGACGGAAGCUGAUCGGCGCCAUUUCACUGCUUUCGUGUUGAAGUCUGUACGAACGUAAACACAACAGUGGAACUAUUGGAACAAACUAAAAAUCCGGAUCCAUCCUGAUGGAAACGGCCAUUAACCCACCUCUUGACAGCAGUUCUCUGGUGGGGCUGUCUGGCGGUGGAGGUGUCAUCGGGAUGGAGCAGGGUGCCUCAGGCCCUGGCAAGCGCAUUCGCAAGCCCUCAUUGCUGUAUGAGGGCUUUGAGAGCCCCUCGCUGCCCCACGUGGCCACCUUGGGCUCGGGCCCCCCCGCACCACCCCAGCCCCCUGUCAAGGAUCCGGGGCGCCAGGGCCACAUGACCAACCAGCUUCAGUUUCUACAGAAGGCCCUGCUGAAGUCUCUGUGGAGGCACCACUUCGCCUGGCCCUUUCACGAACCUGUGGACGCCUUCCGGCUCAGUCUGCCGGAUUAUCAUAAAAUCAUCAAGCAGCCCAUGGACAUGGGCACCAUCAAGAAGCGCUUGGAGAACAACUACUACCGCAGUGCUAGCGAGUGCAUGCAGGACUUCAACACCAUGUUUACCAAUUGCUACAUCUACAACAAGCCCACAGAUGACAUAGUGCUGAUGGCCCAGUCUCUGGAGAAGGUCUUCCUACAGAAGGUAGCCCAGAUGCCCCAGGAGGAAAUUGAGCUGGCCCCUCCUGCCCCACGAGGCAAGCUGGGAAAAGCUGGCAAGGGUCGCAAGGCCAACGCUGUGAGAGCCCACCAGGUGCCGGCUGUGUCUCAGUCCGCCUACUCGCCCUCCUCCUCAGACACCGCCGACUCCAUGCUCUCCAACUCCCCCCAGACCGUUCUGACCAAGAGCCUGCCUCCUGCCUCCAUGCUAGGCAUGCCACACACACAGCCCACUGCCAAGAAGAAGGGAGUGAAGCGGAAGGCCGACACCACCACCCCCUCCACCAUGGCCCUGCCCGUGGGCGUCGGAGCCCGGAUGGUGGGCCUCGGGAAGGGAGGUCACGGGGGCCAGGUGCAUGACCCCUCCUCUGCACUCUCGCUCUCCUCCUUGGGGGGCAUGGGCAUGGAGGCCCCCCCGGGUAUGGGCCUGGUCAGGGGUGCCGUAGGGCCAGGGGGGCCCGUCCUGCUCCAGCCCAUGAUGGCUGGGGGUGGGAAAGUCAUGGGCCGCAGAGGGGGCAGCGGACGCCCCAUUAAACCCCCCAAGAAGGACCUGCCGGACUCUUUGCAGGUCCCGCCAACGCGGCGGGGCAAGCUGAGCCAGCAGCUACGCUACUGCAACGGGGUUCUGAAGGAUCUGGUGUCCAAGAAGCACACAGCGUACGCCUGGCCCUUCUACAAGCCCGUCGACGCCUCAGCUCUGGGUGUGCACGACUAUCACGACAUCAUCAAAUACCCCAUGGACCUCAGCACCGUCAAGAGGAAGAUGGACUGUCGUGAGUACAGGGACUCUCAGCAGUUUGCGGGGGACAUCCGCCUCAUGUUUUCCAACUGCUACAAGUACAACCCCCCCGACCACGAUGUGGUGGGCAUGGCCCGCAAGCUACAGGAUGUGUUCGAGUUCCGCUUUGCCAAGAUGCCCGACGAGCCUGUCAAGGAUCGUCCGGCCGUGUCCCUCGGGAUUCGGCCCUCCUCCUCCUCGUCCUCCUCCUCGUCCUCCUCCUCGUCGUCGGAGAGCGAGCCCAGCAGCGACAGCGAGGAGAGCAGGAGCAGCCCGAGCUCAGACAGCGAAGAGGAGCGGGCCCAGCGACUGGCUCAGCUGCAGGACCAGGUCUGCACACAGCUCCGAGCCGUGCACGAGCAGCUUGCAGCCCUCUCUCACGGGCCCAUCGUCAAACCCAAGAAGAAGAGGGACAAGAAGGACAAGAAGGAGAAGAAGAAAAAGAAGAAGCCGGAAAAACGGAGCCGAGGGGGGCGAGGGGGAGGCGAGCGAGGAGGGGAGCGAGGUGGAGGAGGAGGAGGGGAGGAACGUGAAAAGCCGGCCAAGGUUUCCAAGAGCAAGUCCGGACGAGGGAGUGGGGUAGCGCCCACCCAGGGCAAGAGGGGUCCCGGCCGCAAGAAGAACAGCAAGACCACCAAGAAGUCCCAGGCGUCAGCGGCCCUCUACGCCCCGCCGGCCUCCUCCAUGCUGCCCCACUACGAUUCCGAGGAGGAGGAGGAGACGUCGGCCAUGAGCUACGACGAGAAACGCCAGCUCAGUCUCGACAUCAACAAGCUCCCGGGCGAGAAGCUGGGCCGGGUGGUCCACAUCAUCCAGGCGCGCGAGCCCUCGCUGCGCGACACCAACCCGGAGGAGAUCGAGAUCGACUUUGAGACGCUCAAGCCGUCCACGCUGCGGGAGCUGGAGAGAUACGUGAUGACGUGCCUGAGGAAGAAGCCACGCAAGCCCUACGUGAAGAAGAUGGGAAGUGGGAAGUCGAAGGAGGAACUGACCCAGGAGAAGCAGAGGGAGCUGGAGAGGCGGCUGCAGGAUGUCAGCGGACAGCUCAACUCGGCCAAAAAGACCCAGAAACCCAAAGUGGAGAAGCAGAGCAGCGUGGAGCCUCACGCCCAGCCCUCGCGCCUCAGCGCCAGCAGCUCCAGCUCCGACUCCUCCUCCUCAUCCUCCUCCUCCUCAGACACCAGCGACUCGGAUUCUGGCUGAGCCACCAGCCAAGAGAGAAGCAACCGGAGAGAAGAACUCAGGGACAUGGGUGGUCCAGGACUAAUGUUGUACCCCCCCCCCCCCCCCCCUGAGUUGACAGGAAGGGGGGCAGCCCUGACAAGACACCCCAGGUGGAACGCUCCACUUCAAAGCGGGGCGCGGGGGGAUUGUGGACUUCAUGUGACGACAGAGGAAGACAAAUCAAAGGCCAGCAUGUAUACACGCAAAACAAAAACACUAAAUGCCUUGAUUUUCCUAUAACUCUCUUCUCUAACCUGUGUAAAUACUUGUACAAAUGUAUCUAUGUUUCUUUUAUAAAGAAGAAUUUUAUGGAAAUCUCCCAAAGAGGGGAGACAGGAAGUGAAAAGAUGUAGAGAGAUGCGCUUUAUCCUAAAUCUAAAUCCUCGACCCCCGGUGUAGGACUUCCAUGGUUCAUUGCUCCCCUGAGAUCCUGGAAAAAACAUUGCAAGUUGGAAGCACUGUGAUGUAAAGUCUUGCUGGCUUUCAAGGUUGGAUUGAGCUUUUUCCUCCCAUAUUGCUGACGUCGUCCUGAUAUGUUUAAAUUGGCAAAGGGGCCUUCCAUGACAGUGAGAAAAAAAAAAAAGAAGAA